CUCACUCUCUCUGGUGUGUAUACACACACGUACACACACACCAGGUUCUACACACGUACACACGCGCCAGGUUCUACACACGUACACACACGCCAGGUUCUGUCGCUCUGGAGAAGCCUGCCCAGCACAGGAGGCAUGGAGCUAAACGGGGACGCGACCUCAGAUCGAGCAAUCACACGAGCAGCCAGGGACCACACGAACAAAAAUCAUCGUCCUCUAAGCUAAAAGCUUAGACGUCCAAUUUCUCCUUAGAACUAAAGCUGCAUUCACUGCAUGUAAGUAAAUAUUUAACAUGGCAAGUCUUUUAAAUAUCUUAAGGACAAUAAUUAGCUGAAUCAACACUAAAGUUUUGAAAGUGAGAGAAAUCCCACUGGGAAAGGAGCAAGGACUGUGCCGAAGCUCAUGGAAAAUCAGCAUAAGAAUUAAGUUUAGGAGCUUUGGGCGCUGCUGAUCACCUCAGCUCUCGGCUGGAGUCUUGUCUCCCAGACAGGAGGCGUUCGAUUCUUGCUUUAUUUUCCUGCGUUGUGAUUACUAAUUAAUCCACAGAGAACACUGUGUCUGCUUUUUUCUCAUUAUUGGAAGCUUUGGAAGCGUGUGCAAAGGAGCUCAGAGAGCCCAGGCCCAAGUCACCGAGAACCAGCUGUCACCAGCGCACACGCACGAGGUUAAGGUGGACAAGAAUUGUCCUGUAGCUUCUAUCGCUCAAAGACAAUGAUCACUUGCAUGGCCCUGGAUCACCGACUGCCCUGUGGAUUUCUGUGAGCUGCCAUAUUCCAUCAACCAGGAGGCAGUCGAGAGGGACGGGCGAGGACCCGGGGCCCGCAGCUCUGGUCCCCAGGCACACAGGGUCCCACGCCCGCGUACCACAGGGGAUCUGGAGGACAGCCCCACCGUCCACGCCUCUGGCCGCCAGGUCCCCAGAGGACAGUGGUCAAAGCCUGGCAAGGGAGCCCCCUGUGAGGGGUGCGACCUCUGGCAGCGUCCUAAGACUGUGCCUGUUUCAUCAUCUAUAAACCGAGGUUCAUGACACCUCAUCGCACUGUUUUGAGGUUAAAUGACCACUCACUAAGGCACAGUGGGUCACACGUAGGCUGAGCCCGUGCAGGGGAGGGAAACCACCAGGCUUCCAGUACCCCAGCCACAGCUCUCGGCUGGGCCACCGAGUCACCACUAGUGGUCCCAGUCGGCGGGGGCCAGAAGCGCAUCUAGGUCAUGUGAAAUCCAUGCUCCGUCUCCUCUGGGCAGACAGAGGGCUGCGGCCCCUCCCCGCCUCUGCCGUGGAGCCUCUAGAGCGAACCCUCUCCACCUUCUUCUCCAGUCCUUCCCAAGCCGGGGAGCAGUCAGAACCGGCAGGGACAGGGGACAGGCCGCCACACGCAGGCUGUCCUCCUCCGCCCUGGCCUGGCUUCAGCCCUGCUAAGCGCAGAGGCUGCGAACACCAGCCCUGCUUGGCUUCCUGCGCCAGGCACUGUAAGCAGGAUGUGGUUAACUGGGCCAGGUGUAAAUUAGGGGCCGGGAGAGGCCAUCAGAGAAGGACACGCUGCCGCUGAAGGAGGAGGCGCCUAGGUUGACCCGAUCGUGGAAGAGCAUCAUGAGUGUGGUGUUUAUACUGACGUUUUUCCUCGUGGGAUUUAGAAAUCACGUGUGGCUUAGAGAAACAGGGCCGCCUCAGAAAUCCCGACGAUUUUAUGCUGUAAUUACAGAAUAUGGUUCAAGGCUUUAUAAUUACCAGGCUCGACUUUGGAUGCCCAAAGAGCAGCUGGAGCUUUUAAACCUGCACGCCGCCGGGGAGCCCCCCGGAGCCCCGGGCCACGCAGAGCUCGUCGACCAGGAAACGUCAAACUUGGUAAAUUACGUACUUAAAAAGCUGAGAGAAGACCAGGUCCAGAUGGCCGAUUAUGCGCUCAAGUCGGCAGGAGCCUCUGUCAUUGAAGCUGGGACCUCGGAGAGUUACAAAAAUGACAAAGCAAAACUAUCCUGGCAUGGGAUUGGGUUCCUAAAUUACGAAAUGCCCCCAGAUGCUAUCCUUCAGCCGGAUGUUCACCCUGGGAAGUGCUGGGCCUUCCCGGGCUCCCGGGGCCACGCCCUCGUCAAGCUCGCCAUGAAGAUCAUACCAACCGCCGUCACCCUGGAGCACAUCCCAGAGAAGGUGUCGCCCUCAGGAAGCGUCUCCAGCGCACCCAAGGAGUUCUCCGUCCACGGCAUCUCGAAACAAUGUGAAGGAGAAGAGAUUUUCCUCGGUCAGUUUUUGUAUAACAACACAGGAGCCACCGUUCAAACCUUUGAGCUCCAGCACGAAGUUUCUGAAUCCUUAUUAUGUGUGAAGCUUAAAAUCCUCAGCAACUGGGGACACAUGAAGUAUACCUGCGUGUACAGAUUCAGGGUGCACGGCACCCCGGCAGCCACCCGGGGAAGGGCCGGUGCGCAGGCCCCACCCCCCCAACUCUCACGGGCCCUUACCCCCUAGGCUCACGGCGCUCGCGGGCAGGGAGAAUCGGGAGUGUGGGUCACACUUGCCAGUGAACGUGAGUGAAUUUACUAAUAAACCGUACGACAGUGUUUCCGUCUCCCGCGGCAGCCCGCCUGGCUUUCGAGCGCCGACACGUAAGGCUGCGCGUGCCCGGCGGCUCCGCUCACGGGCUGCUCGUGACGGCGCCUUUGCCUUCCGUAACCGGCUCCUUCACAUCACGCGUGGACGGCCACUGUUCCCCGUUACUGGACACUUCCCUGGAGGCCCCGGUCAACGCCAUUAAAUAAGUGAACGAGCACAGAGGCUAAAACUAGUGAGGAGCUCUGCCCACUACGGACAGAGGAUCUGAUGAAUUCCCUGGAAUGCGAUAAAGGCCAUUUAAAAAUACAUUACCAACAAGGGAAAACCGCAGUAAGCCAACGGAUACAAAAUUAUCACAUGUAAAUCGACAUCAUUCAUAAACACAAACAACCGCCAGUUAGAGGGUAUAAUUGACAAAGCCGCAGCAAAGAUUAAAAAAAAAAAAAAAUCAGAUAAAAGAAGAAAUUAAACUAUCUACUUGAAGCACUUCCAAACAGCAGCGGACCACUAGGGACCAGUAAACGGAAAGACGCGACUUUACUGUGACACGGAAACUUAGCUCUCGAGAUAUCAGCUGUCCCUAAACUAUAAACUCAAUUUAAUCUCAGUUAAAAACAAGAGAAAGUUUAUGCUAUUUAUGAGACAAUUAUGGGAUAUUAAGGAUUUACUAUUAAAACGAUAUUUUAGUGCCUGUGGGAUAAUAGUAUUUCAAUUUUGUUACAAGAAUUUUUAAUUUGUUCAUAUACUUAAAUACUUAGAUGAAACAAUGUAUCUGGGACAUGUUUCAAAAUGACGAAAGAGGGGAAAGAGGUGGCAGAGCGAUGGGAAAGUCUGGCCACGAAACGGUCAUUGAAGCCUGGACGGUCCGGGAGGGUUCGCGUCCACCCCAUCUUCGUUUAAGUGUGUUUGAUAUUUUCGAUUUUAGAAAGUUUUAAAGAGAUUAAAACAUCAUAUAAGAAACCGAAAGGGUUGUGUUUUAAGCCAAAUUGAUUCUCCAGUUCAUAUGAAAACAUAAACUUAGUUAUCUAUUAUCGAAGUGGCUGUCAUCAAAGUAAAACUGUCAGUCCGCAGUGCUAUAAAAAGGGUGGACAGCUGUCUACCCCACCCGUGGACGGGCAACAUUUCACAGUCCUUUGGAAGUGACACAGCAGCACCCCGAACCGUGGUCUCCACCCUGCUGGGUGGCGGGUGGGCCCUUUCUCAGAUCCCCAGUCCCCAGAGCUCUGCCUGACACGUCUCACGGAGUCUGCAAAUGUUGAUUUCAAAAAUAUUUAUGACACGUGAAGUAUUUUUCCUUAAACAUCUAGAGAAGAGUCUUCGAAGCUGCAUGAGCAGAACCCGCCCCUUCCUCCUGCACAAGCCAUGCCCGGCCCUGGUUUUAGUUUUCUCACGAAAGGAAAAAGACAAGUAUCGCCUGUCGCACUUGAAGCAGAACCUCUGAGCAGGCCGGGGUCUUCCCCACGGGGAACACGGAACCGCCAACAACAGGACUGCGAAUCAUCCCCCCGGCACUGGGAGAGGUGAGGGAGCAGCCGCCAGCCUGGCCGACGGCCCCGGGGCCAACCAGCCAGCGCAGAGCCCUCUCCCGAGCAGGGUUUACUCCUCUGCAGCUGCGAAGCUGUCAGGUCCCCUCUCCCAGCUCCACGUCCUGGCUGCCGCUUCGCUCCAACCUUGCUUCCGUCUUGGCGACAAGAUGACAGCACUUCC